AUGCUUCAACGCAGCGCCUCCGCCGCCCGUGAGAAGUCACCCUCCGGGUCCCGAUCGGGAGCCGGAGCCGGGGCCGCGACUGGGCCGGACCAGACCGGCCCAAGUUCCAACGUGCCGCCCAUCGGGCUCAAGCAGACUGUCUCACGGAACUCAGCGGCACGAUCUCACUCCGGCUCGACUGCUCGCACUCCAAAAUGGUGGAAGAUCCGCCUGUUCAAGGGCAUGGUCGGCGACCUGCGCCGCCGGGCCCCUUACUACUGGAGUGACUGGAAGGAUGCCUUGGACUACCGCGUGGUUCCUGCCACAGUCUACAUGUAUUUUGCAAACAUCCUGCCGGCUCUGGCCUUUUCCCUGGACAUGUUCACCCGCACUCACUCGCAGUAUGGCGUCAACGAGGUGCUGCUGGCCUCAGUACUCGGCUCAGUCGUCUUCUCUGUGCUCGCCUGCCAGCCGCUCGUCAUUGUCGGCGUGACGGGGCCCAUCACCGUCUUCAACUACACCGUCUACGAUAUCAUGGAGCCCACGGGCGUCAACUACCUGGCCUUCAUGUGCUGGAUCGGCCUCUGGGCCCUUGUCAUGCACUGGAUCCUCGCCGCUACUAAUUCGUGCAACUGGCUGCGCUAUGUCACCCGCUUCCCCUGCGACAUCUUCGGCUUCUACGUCGCCUUCAUCUACCUCCAGAAGGGUGUCCAGGUCCUCACCCUGCUGGGAGACCGCGAGCCCUUCUAUCUGAGCGUCAUGGCCGCCAUGCUGGUCUUCUUCAUCGCCUAUGCCUGCGGCCAGCUGGGCGCCAGUUCGCUCUUCCAUCACCACGUCAGGGUCUUCCUCAAGGACUACGGUACCCCAUUGACCGUCAUCUUCUUCACCGGCUUCGUGCACAUCGGCAGGAUGAAGCAGGUGUCACUCGAGAGCCUGCCCACGAGCGACGCCUUCUUCCCCACCCAGGACAGGGGCUGGCUCGUCCACUUCUGGGACAUCAGGGUGGCAGACGUGUUUCUGGCUGUCCCAUUUGCGGUACUACUGACCAUCCUGUUCUGGUUCGACCACAACGUCUCAUCCCUCAUCGCCCAGGGCACCGAGUUCCCACUCAGGAAACCUCCAGGCUUCCACUGGGACAUCUUCCUGCUCGGGCUCACCACCGGCGUCGCCGGCAUCCUCGGCAUCCCCUUCCCCAACGGCCUCAUCCCGCAGGCCCCCUUCCACACCGAGUCCCUGUGCGUCACCAAGGUCGUGCACCUCGACAGCAGCGACAGCAGCAACGUCGCGGGUGGCAAGGCCAGCGGCGCGGCAGCGGCCGACGACGACGAGGGCGGCGACCGCAAGGGCCGCUGGGAGCUGCGGCGCACGCACGUGGUGGAGCAGCGCGUGUCCAACCUGGCGCAGGGCCUCCUGACCCUCGGGACCAUGACGGGCCCGCUCCUGGCCCUCGAGGGCAACGGCGUCACGGCCAAGAUCCUGUUCCUGCUGCGCGACGGCGCCCUCACGCCCGCCUCGAGCCCGCUGCGCAGGAUCCGCCGCCGCUCGCGCGUCUGGCUGUUCGUCGCGCUCGCGCUCGUCGGGUUCGGCGCCACCUUUGCCAUCACGCAGACCGUCGCCGCCGUCGGGUUCCCCGUGUUCAUCAUCGCGCUCAUACCCGCCCGCGCGCUGCUGCUGCCCAGGUUGUUCACGCCGCAGGAGCUGGCCAUCCUGGACGCGCCGACGGCGAGCCCGUUUACCAUGGAGAGCGUGGGUGGUACGUAUGGCGGCGAGACGCCGGACUUGGAGGGCGACGGGUCGUCGUCCACUGACGCGAACCUGUCUGGAGGGACCGGCGGUGGGUUGUUCAGGGGUGGAGAGGGGGAUGCCGUGGGUGGCAUUGAUCGGAGGAAGAGCGAGGCGGAACUCGCUGAGCUGGGCGAGAGCAGGGGCAUGCGGAGAAGGGGCAGCGCCGUUGUCAGAGACAAUGGGGACGGCGGGUCUGCUGAGACGAAAAGUACGGGCAUGAGUAGACGGGUCACGUCAGGGAGUAAAUAA